GCCGUGACCUAACCCCGGUGCGAUGGAGCGGCCCCGGUACCGGGAGGCGGCCGGGGGCGGCCCCGGGGGGAGCGAGCCCGGGGGGGGCUCCAGCGCCGCCUGGAACGGGACCUGCGGCCACCCCCCCGCUGCCACCGGCACCACCGGCACCACCGGCACCACCGGCACCGGCACGGCGGGCGGCGACGACGACGAGAGCGGCGAGCGCGACCCUCCUGUCCCCGGUCCCGGGAGUGUCCCCAGCCCUGAGGGUGUCCCCAAUACCGGGAGUGUCCCCAGCUCCGGGAGUGUCCCCAAUACCGGGCGUGUCCCCGGUCCCGGGAGUGUCCCUGGUCCUCAGGGUGUCCCCAACACUGGGACUGUUCCCGGUCCUGCCAGUGUCCCCAGCCCCGGGGGUGUCCCCAGCCCCGGGAGUGUCCCCAACGCCGGGAGUGUCCCCGGUGCUGGCAGUGUCCCCACUCCCAGGAGUGUCCCCAGCCCUGAGGAUGUCCCCAACCCUGGGGGUGUCCCCAACCCCGGCAGUGUCCCCCUCCCCAGCAGUGUCCCCCCGCCCGGGGGUCGCUGCGGCUGCCGGGGCCCCCCGGCCGCUCCCCCGAGCCCCUCCCGGGACCUCCCGUGCGGCCUCGGCUGCCGCCACCGGGGACCCCCGGAGGACAGCGGCGACCCCCGCAGGGCGCGGCGGCGACCGCGACAACGCCACGAGGAGGAGCGCGACGACACCGGGACGGGACACCGGGGGUCCCUGCGGGUGGCCCGGGCGGGGGUCGCGCUGUGCCUGCGCCUGCUCGGGGCUCUCCUGGCGCUGCUCUUCCUCCUCCUCCUCCUCCUCCUCGGGGCGCUCCGCUCCUUCCUCCGCAGCGCCUCCGCGGGGCUCCGCCGCUCCCGGGAGCUGCUGGGCGAGUGGCUACGGCGGCGGGCGAGCCACGGCGGUGUCGCCGGAGGUGGCGGCCAGGAGGAGGUGACACGUUUGGUGGCCAUGGCCGAGGUGGCCGAGGAGGAGCUGGACCCGUUCCGGGUGCUCGGCGUGGAGCCCACGGCCAGCGACGCCGAGCUGCGGCGGGCGUACCGGAGGCUGGCGGUGCUGGUGGGGGUCGGGGACAUC